UAAGCAAUGAAACUGAUAAGUUACUUUUUUGAAACAAAAAUAUUUUUUGUAAACAUCCGUUCUUAUAGAAAUCAAUAAAUAAAUCUUAUUCUCAUUGUAACAUAUUUAUCUUGUUUCUUGUUGUUAUAUUUCUUUUAUUAAACAAAAGUUACUUUUUAUUUUCGUGAAUACAUUUUGAAAACCAAUUUAAAUGAAAGUUUUUUAUACCGACUUAAAUUGUAUUUCAAAGUGAAUUCGACCCGACCAAAGUAGCUCGUGCUAGUACAGCUGCUGAAGGUUUAUGCAAGUGGAUAUUAGCUAUGGAACAGUAUGAUCAUGUAGCUAAAAUUGUAGCACCAAAGCGUAUUAAAUUAGCUGAAGUUGAAUUAACAGAGAAUAUGGCAUGUUUAAAAAAGACACAAGAUAAAUUAGCUGAAGUUGAAGCUAAAUUAGAAAAUUUAAAAAAUCAACUUAAAUUUACACAAAGCGAGAAAAAACGCUUAGAAGAUGAAGUAUCAAAUUGUGCAACUAAAUUAGAAAGAGCUACAAAGUUGAUAGGUGGCUUAGGUGGUGAGAAAGACCGUUGGCAUCAGGCAGCUGAAUAUGAUAAUCCUAUUGGUGAUGUAUUGACAUCAGCUGGAAUAAUUGCUUAUUUGGGACCAUUUACAUCGACUAACAGAGGCUCGCAUCUGACGCAAGACCGAUAG